AAUUUUGAUCAAGUUCUAGUCAUCGUGGACACAGGCCUUUAAACCCGAGAGCGCUCCCCACCAUCGGCCACCAUGGAGCCACUUCAACCAACUUGAACCAAUCAAAAUUCCGGCGUCGCAGAUGUUGCGGCUUGCGGCGCUGUCGGGCACCAUUUAAAUUUUAGCCAGUAAACACCGUGUCGAGUACCGGAGGGUAUCGACGGUGGUGAGUUGCAUUUGCUCCAAUUUCGGAAGACAACUCCGUAAUAUCGCCCGCUCGUAUUUGCUCGUUAAUUUAUUUUCUAAACAACUGAUGCCGCCAUGUAUUCACCGUUGUCGCCUCAGGCCAGCCUCAGUGCAGAAUUAAGACAAAUUAUCAACGAGAGAAAUAUGUUGAGCAUGCGGAGCCGUAUGAAGGUUCUUCACGCUUUGAACGAGGACAACGAGAGACGCGCAGAGGAAAAGCAAAGAGCUCUUAGGUCACAAGCUAUUCGAGAGAUAUUGACCACUGAAGUUACUUACUUGCAACAACUGGAAAUCCUAACGGAGUUUUUUAUACAACCUAUUCUCGAGAGAAAGCUGUUGGAUCACCCGUUACUCGUCACCCUGGCCGAGAACAUAAAAACGUUAUACAACGUGAGCGGUGAACUGGUGGCAGGAUUGAAACGUAAUCCCGACAAUAUAGCCGGGAUAUUUCACAAACUUGCACCGUUCUUCAAGCUGUAUUCCGUUUAUGCGUACGAUUACACCCAAGUGCUAAAUCUACUACAGGCAAGUCAGGAGAACGAUUCUGUCUUCAAAAGAUUUAUUUGCGAUCAAGAAACGAGACCAGAAGUAGGCAGGAAAUUGGCUUCGUUAUUGAUCACCCCGGUGCAAAGAGUACCGAGGUAUCAGUUGCUCGUUAAACAAGUGUUACAACAUACCCCAUACGAUCACAGAGAGCACAGGCAUUUGCAGGCGUGUUUGGUUGAAAUUGAAAAGUCUGCAAAACACAUAAACACUUUAAUCGCACAGAACGAAGAAACGCAAAAGUUGCUAAACCUUCAAAAGUGCAUCGUUACUUCUAUUAAUCUCGUCAAGCCUGGUAGGAUAUUAAUCAAACAAGGACCACUGAUGCGCGUCUCGAGACGAGGCAAUUCAGCUUACAGGAGAUACUUUGUUCUUUUAAAUGACACUUUGCUAUACUGUAAAGGCGAGCCGGAAACGUCACUGAACGUAUCUUGCGUGUUGCCGUUAAACAAGUGCAGUUUAACUUGCGUUCUGAGCAAGAAACUCUUCCGUAUAACGUGCUUGCAUGAGACAUUUUUAUUGUAUUCGGAAAAAGAUGAUAGCAACGAGUGGAUACAAUCUAUACAAAGCGCCAUUAGAAAAUAUACCGAAUGCAGGCAGACCUUGAGAAAGGAAAGUAGCUCGAGAAAACCACUUAGGCAUAAGAAUAUUAAUCAAUUUUCGUCGGAUGAUAUACCGGCGAAAUCUGUUAAAAGAAAAAGAUGUGUGAAAGAUGAAGAGGUAUUAUUGGACACUUCCAACAUAAUAUAUUUCAAAAAGGACGAGAUGGAUGAGGACGUUCAAAGCAGUAAUACUUGCUUGCCCCUUUUUACUAGAGCCAAGAGAUUUAAACAGGACGAAUAUUCCAAGGAUGGCUACAUUGCCCCUGCGGUAAAGAGUACAAAAUUGAAAUCGUGUAGAAAGAGAAACGAACGCUAUACACCUACGCAUAGGUGUUUCAAAAAAUCAAGUAACUGCAAUUACAACGAGACUCUUUCGACGACGACAGGUACACACGGGACAAGUGUCUGUCCCGUCGCGUCGAACGCCGAAAAGCACACGUCGCCGUUUCAAGGGAUGAGCGAAUUUUUUACAUUCAUCGGCACGACGAUAAGAGACCUGUUCACGUUCAGAUAAUUCAGAUGUUACGUACAAAAAUUAAGGAUACAAAUCGCUUAUGUCAUAAUUUAUACAAUUAUAAUUGAUUGCGUGGACGCGCUACAUUUAUUCUCCAUCCACAGUUAGCUGAACUUUCGGAGUGAACGUAGCACUGAAUAUAGAUCCAUGCGAAAUAACUGCGUUGUUUUAAUUUACAUUGUUUUUCUAGUCUGACUUUUGAUGAUGACAGUAUGAAAACGCAAUUUCUUGAAUCUGUGUGUCUGUCUGGAAGUAAUUAACGGACGUUUCGACCGCCCUGGCGGAAAAUAACAAGCUUUAUAAAGCGUCGGUAACCGAUGAAGGUUUUUUUUAAGUUCAUACGCUUUCAAACUUUAUAAAAAUGCUUACACAACGCCGUUGCAUUUUGAACGCUUAUAAAAUACUGUAUAUAACGUUUCAUAAAAGUUCUACAACGUGCGAUGAUAAUACAAUAUUUAAAUAAAAAUGUUAACGCACGGGUA